AUGUUGGGAUAUAGGAUCCUCUCCAGGGAAGGGGCUGGACGGUCCUCACGGACGGCUCGGUUGGAGGCGGACAAUAGGCACCCCAGGUUCUAUGUUUUGUGUUCUAAUGAGUUAUAUGAGCAAACUUGUGAUUCCGUUACUGGACUGACUCGCAGGUGCUCGUCGGAUUGUUUCAAAAAACACAAAGUUACAUGGAUACAUAAGUAUUUGGCACUAGCGCAAAGGUUUAAGCUUGCUGCUGCUGCUGCUGCAUCUUCUCCCGACACAAAAAUGACUUCGGCUCCAGUAUCAGACAUUCAAAGAUCAGAUCAUGUUGAUGAAGCAAGCAAAGUGCUGGAAAAAUUGCAAUUGGAGUCUGCCGCAUCUUCUAGUGACGAAAAAUGAUAGGGAACAAGGAGUACUCCAUUGGCCCCACAAGCUAUUCGUACAUGAUCCAAGACGAUAUUGAUUUAUGUUAUCAUUAUCUGUUUAGAUGUUGGGACUUCAUUUAGUGGUUUUAGUUGUUAUUUAGUAAUCCUUUUUAGGAAUUUAGAUUAGGUUUCUCGUUUUGUUAUCUUUUGAAGAGCCUGUGUUUAUUUGAAGAGUCUAUUUGAAGGACAUUACUCAUUCCACUCAGUUAAUUGGUGAAUUAUAUUUGGCUUUAUAAA